UGCCCCGUGUCUCCUCAUUUCUCUGCCCUACCUGCACUCCGGAGAGCGGGCACCCGGCAGGGCAUCCAAAUAAAACCGAAGACUGCAGCAUGUAAAAGCAAGACAUCUUUGCUCUGUUCUCCAGAACCUGCAAUUAAACCACAGUCAAAACCUAGUGACAAGCUGAACCCUAAAACUAUUGAUCCGUUCAGUGCUUAUUCUCGACCACCUUCUGCAUUUGCUGCUAUAUAUGCUAAAGGUGGCAUUCCAUGCAGGUUAGUGCAUGGCUCAGUAAAGCACAGACUGCAAUGGGAAUGCCCUCCGGAAACUGUUCCCUUUGAUCCUCUUCUUGUAACAUUGGCAGAGGGUCUAAGAGAGACGAAACAUCCCUAUACAUUUGUUUCAAAGGAGGGUUUUAAAGAAUUACUUCUGGUUGAAGGUGCUACUGAAAAAACAGUUCCCUUGUUGCCUCGUCUAGUUCCAGUGUUAAAGGCUGCAUUGGCCCAUUCAGAUGAUGAAGUAUUUGGAAGGGGACUGGAUGCUUUAAUUCAACUGAGUGCCGUUGUUGGCCCAUCUCUUAAUGAUCAUCUUAAGCAUCUACUCACCAAUCUUUCAAGGAGAUUAAUGGACAAGAAAUUUAGAGAAAAAAUUACUGCUGCUUUACAAAAGUUGGAGCAGUAUGGCGGAAAGGCAACUGUGGCUAUCAUCAAAUCUAAAAUUCCAACCUAUUGUUCUGUCUCCUCUUGA